GGACGCAGUACGAUCUCUAAAGACAUUCUUGGUGAACCAAACUCCGUUUCCUAAAUAAUUAGGUUUAGUGUGUAGAAUUUACGUUUACACAAUUAUCGUGAAGGUUUGUAUUAGCGGUGAUCCGGAAAGCAUCAUUAUUUUGAGUGAUGACCCCAUUUUAACACUCAAUCUCUACUUCUCUACUGCAUUCUGCAGUGAACUGGAGCCCCAACAUUCCCUUCCAGAGUCUCUGCUGGUUUAUAAGCUUCGAUCAAAAUUUCCUCUUGACAAUGGGUACCAUUGGUGAUAAUUGGGGUGAUGAUUGUUCUGUCAUCAAAGACAGAGGAGAGAUUUCCUACAUCGACUAUGAAGAUGAUAAAUCUGUUUGCAGCUACAAUCCUAUUGAGGAAGGUCCAAUUAUCAUUUCAGUGCCAUUUGCUUUUGUGAAUGGCAAACCACAAUCAGUUUUUGUAGGAGAAUCAGUGGCAGAUGCAAUUACGAUCAAGAACACCACCGAUGAAUCGGUGGACCUAUGGGCUGUUAAUAUUUAUGCAUCCAAUCCCGAGAACUCGUUUACGCUCUCUCUAAUGGAGCCCCCUUCGGCAAAUGCGAACAUCGAAGUUGUACAAGCUUUUUUGGAGUCCUUUUCGUUGGAGGAUAGAAUGAUCCAUCCAGACGAGACUCUUACUGUAUGGCUGUCUUGCAAACCGAAAGAAAUUGGCUUGCACACAACCGUUGUGCAUUUUGAUGUUGGCAAUGAGAGAAUAGAACGCGUUUCUUUUCUGUUAGCAGAUGAUAAGAUUUCCCAGUCAUUGGCUUCUAGGAAGCCGUAUUCAAGAGAUAGAAAAAAGAGGCAUGAGGUAGCAGACUCUUAUAUUCCUGGCUCACGUCCCAUAAGAACGCAAGGUCGAGGAUUCAAAAAUUUUCUUCCCCAUUAUGAUAUCCCAAGAAGAAUUAGAGAUGAACUUAACAGAAAGGAGACUCCUAGUGCUGUUAGGGAAGGACUUAAAAGAGAUACCUACGUUCCCUACUUUAUGACAUUGUUGAACAUGGAAGAAAUACAAUUGGAGGAAGACAUGAGAGCUUACGAUAUGGAACGUGUAACUAUGAAAAGAAAGGGAUAUCAUUUUUUGUCCCUUGAGGUUCCAGGGCUUGCUGAGAGAAGGCCUUCACUUGUCCAUGGAGACUUUAUUCUUGCCAAGAUGCCUUCUGGACAUGCAAAUGACACGGUUAACGCUUAUCAGGGCUAUAUUCAUCACGUCGAGGCUGAUGAGGUUUACCUAAAAUUUGCUCCAGAAUUUCACGUUAACCACAGAGACUUCAAUCUAUACAAUGUCCAGUUUACCUAUAACAGAAUUAACAUGAGGAGGUUCUAUCAGGCUAUUGAUGCUGCAGAUAGUUUGGCAAAGGAGUUUCUAUUCCCAUAUGAGUUUUCGGAUAGAAGAGUUAUCAAGACUAAUCCACUGGUGCCGAUAAAUCAAAAUAUCAAUGAGGAACAAAUGCGUUGUGUUCAGAUGAUCCUUGGUUGCAGAGGAGCACCACCUUAUUUAGUUCAUGGACCUCCUGGUACUGGUAAGACUCAGACCUUGGUGGAAGCUAUCCUUCAACUCUACACAACUAGAAAGAAUGCUCGUAUUCUUGUUUGUGCUCCUUCAAAUAGUGCUGCGGACCACAUACUGGAGAAACUCCUCAGUGAGGAGGGUGUUGAAAUUCGUGAUAAUGAUGUUUUCAGGCUUAAUGCAAGCUCACGGCAAUAUGAGGAAAUCAAGCCUGAUCACCUUCGUUUUUGUUUCUUUGAUGAGCAAAUUUUCAAGUGUCCUCCACACAGUGCCCUUGUGCGCUAUAGGAUUAUUGUGUCAACUUAUACAAGUACUUCCCUUCUUUAUGCAGAAGAUAUAAAGCGUGGCCACUUCUCUCACAUUUUCUUGGAUGAGGCUGGCCAAGCUUCAGAGCCAGAAACGAUAAUUCCUAUAUCCAACCUCUGUCUUAGGAAAACAGUCGUCGUUCUUGCUGGUGAUCCCAUGCAAUUAGGUCCAGUGAUUUACUCUAAAGAAGCAGAAAUUUAUGGAUUGAGUAAAUCAUAUUUGGAAAGGCUUUUUGAAUGUGAAUAUUACUGCACUGGGGAUGAAAACUAUGUAAUAAAGUUAUUGAGAAACUAUAGAUGUCAUCCGGAUAUCUUACAUCUUCCUUCUACAUUGUUCUAUGGUGGUGAAUUAAUUGCAUGUCAAGAUGAAAAAAGUUUCCUCACGGAUUCAGCAGAUAUCUUUGAAGCACUUCCUAGUAAGGAGUUUCCUGUUCUUUUCUUUGGUAUCCAAGGUUGUGAUGAGAGGGAAGGCAACAAUCCAUCAUGGUUCAACCGAAUUGAGGUUAGCAAGGUGGUAGAGGUUAUAAAGAAACUGACUGCUGGUGGAAAUCUGGUCGACGAAAAUAUUGGGGUCAUAACACCCUAUCGACAACAAGUGAUUAAAAUAAGGAAAGCCCUUGAUAGCCUUGAUAUGGUUGAUAUAAAGGUCGGUAGUGUAGAACAGUUUCAAGGACAAGAGAAGCAAGUGAUUAUUGUUUCUACUGUUCGAUCAACGAUCAAACAUAACGAGUUUGACAGAACCUACUGUUUGGGGUUUUUAAGUAAUCCAAGAAGGUUUAAUGUGGCUAUUACCCGGGCGAUAUCUCUUCUGGUUAUAAUUGGCAAUCCCCAUAUAAUCUAUCAGGAUGUGUAUUGGAGCAAGCUAUUAUGGCAGUGUGUUGACAAAGAUUCAUAUCAAGGUUGCUCCCUCCCUGAAAGGCAGGAUCCCACAGAUGAGGAACAUCCAUGCAAUAACGAAGAGGGACCAUGUUCAGAAUUUGAAGGAGCAGGGAAGAAUCAUGAGGGACAAAGUUCAGGAUUUGAAGGAGCUGACCAGAAUCAAGAUCUGCCGGAGAUGGAAUUUUCGAGACCAGUUGUUAAUGAAGAUGAAUGGUCUGAUGGUUGGAAGUAAUUUUUGCUUCAAGUCAAGAAAGGAAGUGGAGAGAGAUACUUUCUUGCUUAUUUUUGUCUUAGAUCUUUGUAGAUGUCUUGGAAACAUUGUUUAUAUACUCUACUGUUAAUUUAAGAGUGCUUUUGUUUCUAGUCUUUCCCGUUGAAGGUAGAAAAUUUCAUGCUUAUGUUUAAGGCUUCA